AUGAGUUCCAUGAGGGCUCCUUUGGGAAGUAUCGAUACGCGCCUAACCAUGACUGAUACUCUUGCAAACGAUCCGCUCGCCUUCUCAUUCGCAUCCAUCGUCGCAUUCGAUAACGCGCUGCAGCCUGAUGAUCAGCCACUGGACUGCAAAGGAAUCGCUGAAACCAAAAUGAAUAAUCGAGUCCAGUUCGUGUCUGACACGUCUCAUGAACCGACUUACGCUCGAGGCAUCGGCAAGCCAUAUCCUCGACUAGAAUUGGACGUCGCCAUGGACAAUUGUCACUCGCUGGAUGGCUUCGCCGAACCUGUGAACCCACGAAAUACACCGGCCACAACCAGCUGUUGUGAGAGCCCUGAAGAUUCAGCUCGACCUGUUGAGCCCCGUGGGAUGCGUACCAGCUCCGCGCCGCAAAUUCAGUCUUUGGCUUUCGAAUGGUUCGACGGAAAAUCAGAGGGACACAUGACAUACGUUGACGACGAUGCAGAUAGCGGAAUCAAAGCCCAGAGACGCCGAUUCUCAGCCGAUGAUGAGCCCCGCGCCUCUUCUAGCAUCAUCCCUUCAAACGACAUCGCUCAAACUACUCGCACAGGUUCCGCUGAGAAAAUCGAUGACAGCCAUCUACAUGUGCCUUGCGUGCGACCUUCUCCAAAGCCGCACCCAGCUCGUGCUGGCUAUUCCGUCCCUAUGGUGGAGCGAAAGGUUGACUACCUUGCUUCCACUUCACCUUCUCACCGCCAGUUCAAGCAUUACAAGAAGUGGAGAGGCUCAAGUCGUGCUCUUGUCCACCGUGUCUCACCCUAUCGUAGCCCGCCAAAGGUAUCAAAGGUCCGACUUCUGGAUGGACAACCUGAUGUCCCGUCCUCAUCUCUUUUGUCUUUGCCGGGCCAUCAAGGAGAUCCCGGAGGUCCGACAAGUGAGACCAAUCCGAGCCAGGAGACUGUUGAACACAAUGUCCCUAUGAAAGUGAAGGAUGUUGCCAAUGGCCCGACAGACGUCAACGUUGGCACACCAAAUGCCCGGGUUUCUGAUCUUGUGGGACUCUCUCUUUCGAUCUAUCGGGUUCGGCAUCCUGGACAACAGCCAGCUCUGAGUAUGAACGGAAGUGCAUUCCAAGUCGAAAUGACCUCCACGCCAUUUCCUUGCCCCACCACAGGCCAUGAAGGAGAGGAGGUGGAGCAUGCUGGGGAUCGCCCAGAGUCUGAGGAUUUGGUAUUUCAUACCUACCUGGUCUUGCCUGCCUUCGUUGCACGCAUCCCUAUGGCCACAUUUUCCGUCGUGAAAAGGGCCAAGACCUCGCGGCUUGGUACAAUUCUCCUCUACCUGGAAAAAAUGUUCUGGUCCGUGGUCAUUGCAUUUUUCCUUGCCUUUUUGGCCAAGUUCGGCCGGCCGGGGCGCAGACCGGGAAGUGACCCUGGUGGCCUGGGACUGGACCCAAGGGCGCAAGUGCGUCACGCCGUUGAGCCAGUGACUUCUCCCGUGUCAUGA